CUGAAUCAAGUUUGUGAUAAAUAAAUCAUAAUUGUUUUUAUUUUGUUUCAGAAUUCAGAUAUUGAGAAUAUUAUAUGAUUAUUUCAAAUGAAAUAUUUUUAAAGUUGAAUAAGGAAUAAAAAUUUAAUUAAAAUUCGGUCAUAAAAUAAAAAAAUUUUUUUUUUUAAAAAAAAAAAGAGAUUGUAGAUCGACUAUCCAUCUUGUCUAUUAUUAUAAAUAAAUUUGGUCUAAGCCACGUUACUUAUUGCGAGAAUUGAGAUUUUACUGCGGAGACAAUUUAACGAUAAAUGGGCGCGCUUAAUGAUAAUAUAAUUUUAUUGUUAUUUAUCAACAUAUUAGAAAUAAAGAUGGGAUUAAUGAAUAUUCAAACAGUAAAUCAUCCAAUAAAAUUCUCAUUCAACAGUUUCGAUCCAAAACUUACAUUUUCAAGGUCAACAUUUUCUUGUUUUGUCAUUAAAAAAGAAUAUGAAGUACUUCAUAAAUAUAGCUUUCUUAGAUCAACUCUUUCCAAGCUUGCAACUGAAAAGUGGAAAGAAUUAUCUGAUGAUGCUAGAAGAGUAUAUUUGAAUUUUAGCAGUGAUGCUAUUGAAUAUAAUUCUUAUAAAACUAGUUGGAUUGAAAUGAAAAAUCAGUUUCAUUAUAAUGAAAAAAAUAUUCCUUAUAAUUUUAAUUUAAUUUAUCGUGCUAGUAGGGAUUGUAAUACAGUUGCAGCAUUUCAUACUAAAUGUGAUAAUAAAGGUGUUACAAUUGUUAUAGUAAAAAUCACAAAUUCAGAACAAAUAGUUGGAGGAUAUAAUCCACUUUAUUGGGAUUCGCGUAAUGCAUGGGAAUCUACUUAUGAUAGCCUAUUAUUCUCAUUUAUAGAUAAAAAUGACCUUCAAAAUGCAAAAGUAAGUUAUAGUAACGAUAAUCAAUAUUCUAUACGAAAUUGUCCAUCUGUUAGUCCAGCAUUUGGCGGUAGUAUUGACUUAUUUUUUAAUAAUAAUGAGUGGUGUAGCAAUUCAAUUCAAAAUAGUUCUGUCUCUUCUUAUCCUGAAGUUGGUAUGCCAGCAAGAUUUAAAGCAGAUGACUUUGAAGUUACCGAACUCUUGGUUCUCGACUCCCAUUUCAAUUUGAUAAGUGCUUUGGAUAAAUAUUGGUUUUAG